AUGGGCACUGGUCGUGGCACAUGCUUCAAGCGUAUUACUGCUUCUGUGCUUGCCGCUGCAAUCAUUGCCAUCAUCGUCGCUGUGUGCGUGGUCUACAUACCUAGGGACCACAGUAUCAACGAUGGACCGAAAGUCACGAACAAAGAGGCGUUCAAGAACGGCGGUGCAAGGAAACAUCCUAGCAAGAACGACGGCAAAGAUCAUGCCGAUGAUCAAUACACCUACUACCCGGGCAAUGUAUCGAAUUAUCCCAAGAAGGAUGAAUGGGUUAGCUUUAAUCACAUGUGGAAAUCGAAUCUACUCAAGAUGCAGACCGCAUGCACAAAGCUUGGCUUUGGGGAAAACAACUCGGACGAAGAAAACGACUACAUCAAAGAUGGAAUUCAACACGUUGGCAAAGCUUCUCUCGUCGACCAGCGAUUCAUCCUUGCCAUCAUCAUGCAAGAAUCCACUGGCUGCCUCCGGGUGAACUCUACCGACAGCGUGCACGGCGUCCACAACCCUGGCAUCAUGCAAUCCCACAACGGAGCCUCAUUUGACGAGAAAGACGCCAAGGGCUCCAUUCGACAGAUGAUCAAAGACGGAACGCAAGGUACCAAAGCAGGCGAUGGCCUCGUGCAGCUGCUGAACAAGUUCCCCGAUGCGUACUCUGCUGCACGAGGAUACAACAGUGGCGCUCUUGCGAAGAGUGGUGAUCUCUCUGAUGCGAUUGGUGCAACUCCUUGCUAUGCAAGUGACAUUGCGAACAGGCUGAUGGGGUGGGUGAACGCCGCAAGCGAUUGCAAGAAGAAGGUGGCUUCGGUACCUCAGAGUGAUCCUAAGGAUGUACAGAAUCUUAACAGUGGGACGGAUAGUCAACAGCAGCAGCCAUCGACUACUACGGAGCAGAAUCAGCCCUCGCAGGCGGCAUCAUCAUCAACAGCAUCAUCGACAGACGGGAGCAGUUCAUCUACGUUCAGCGACGGGAGUACAGACGGAGUUUUUAGUGGCGGCCAUUGGGAUGAUAAUGGUAACUAUGUGAAGAACGAGAAGAGGAGGAGGAGGAUGAAGUUAUUAAAGAACCAGUCUUGUCUCACUUCUUCUGUUACCUCCUACGAUGCUGCCGUGGCCGCCUAG